GAUUCUGGAGAAAGAGCGAGAUGAGGCGAAUGAAAAGCUGUCAAGGAUGGAGGAGGCGUCUGCUCAACUGCUCAAGGAGCUGGAUGUGCUAGAGAUGCAGUUUCAGAUUGAGCGAUCGUGCAGGGAGACCGCAGAGUCCUUUGCACUGAAGGUGAAUAAAGAUUUCAAGGCAUUAAAGAGGCAAAGCCAAGCCAUACUUCCCCUGAUUCCAGAAAAUUUCUCUAUCCUGAACCUGGACCCCGAGGCUGAUCCCAGCUCUGAAACGGCCUCUGAGGAAGAGAGCAGUGAAGAUCCGCUUCUCAUGAGUCAGAAUCAAAUUAGAGAACUACAGUCAUCUGUAGACCGAUUACUUGGAGAAAAAAUUCAACUCACUGUACAGGUGGAGCUUCUUAAGAAAGAGAAGGAAGAUUUGAAGGACAAGUUGGUGUUGGAGGUUGGAGAGAAAGAGGCCCUUCUGAGGAAGCAGAGCAGGACUCUGAAUAAAAUGAAGAGAGUCUCCCAGCUGGUUACAGAAGAUUUUACAGAGAUGUCUCAGAAGCUCGAAAUGGAGCAAGGACUCAGGCAGCAAGCCGAAGUGUUUGCACACCAGAUGCUGAUGAAACAGCAGGAAACCCAGAGACAGAUUCAGAAUGCAGAGAAUGAGAAACAACUACAACAGGCUCUGAGUCAAGUGACUGAAAUCUGCAAAGCUCUGGAAGAGAUACGACUCUAUUACCAAAACCAGAUGUCUCAGACAGCAGCUCAGGAUUUCAAUUCUCUGUCCGAUCUGGCUGCAGUAAGAACAAAGCUGGAGAUGAGUGAGAAAGAGAGGAGCAAGACUGAGAUUCAGCUGAGAGACUAUAAACAAUCUGUAACUGCACUUCAGGAGGAAAUCAAGCUGCUCAAGGAUACACUAAAAGAGAUGGAGCAACUUCCUUCCAUUCAAUCUAUCCAGCUGAAUGAGGCAAAGGAAAAUCCAGCUGAUCCACCAUCACUGGUGCCGCCAGCACCUCCUCCACCUCCUCCUCCAUCUUCAGCUGUCACUGACCCAUUAAAGGCUUUGAGGAACAGAAAGAAGGGAGAAAACAGCGCCACUCAAACUGCGAAACCCGCAAUUACGGAGGAUAUGAAGGCCAGAGCUGUGGAUGAAAUGAUGGAAAGAAUCAAGAAAGGCAUUAUUCUCAAACCUAUUCUCAGAACGCCACAGGCUGUGUUAGAGGAUGAAAAUGCAUGGAAGGAGCAGAGGUCUGAGAAUCGGAAAUCAGCUGUGCUGGAAUUGCAAGGGAUGCUGGUAAAAUAA